AUGAGCCUUCAGGGGUCCCUGGCGCCGGUGGCGGCCAAGCUGCCGAACGGCUUGACCUCCAAGAACACCUUCCUGGACCAUCCGUCGCCCUGGAUCGACUACGUCACCGUGGGAGACCGCCCCAAGUCGGAUCCCACCUCUGACGCAACAUCGUCCUCAACGGCGGAGGUGUCUGCUGUUGCACCAGCGGAUUCGGAGCCGUUCGGCAUCAGCGACGCGGCGGCAAAGGCGCUGGAGAGCUUGCGCGAGAGGGGGGCAGGACGUGAGGAGCGCCCUCUGGAUCGAGGGGCGCUUCGCGGACAAGAAGAACGAGGCCGUGAGCGGCGUCUACCUGCAGUUGCCAGCUGGAUUCGAGAGUUGCGGGGCAUUCGAGAAGGAUGGUGA